AUGCUGCUGCUGCUGCUGCUGCUGCUGCCGCGGCUUGAUACAGGUUAUCGCUGUUAUUAUCUGAGGUACUGCUGCUGCCGCUGCUGCUACCGCUACUGCUGCAACCCACUCUCUCAGAAGCUUAUCCUGUUUCUAAUGGAUGCUGCCCGGCUGAGUAUGCCGCGCCGCGCCGGACUCGCACCUAUGCUCCCAGGGUCGCUUCGGCGGUCAUGCUUCAUCUCUCUACCUCAUCUUCUGAUUCUCAGAUGCAGCUGGCCGAGUAGCUGCGCUGAGCCGUCAAUCGGACUCCUAAUCAAAGGCAUCCAUACCUGUGUUCUUCACUCUUCUGAUCGCAGGCUCCCCAUCACGCUGCCCAUCCUGCAGCGGCUCUGA